AUGACACCUCCUAGUUUUACCUCUCUGUGUUUCGCAAAUCACACUGUGCACCCUACACACUCUGCAGAUGAACAUAGGAAUUCCUGGAGUAAAACAUGUGCAAAAUCCAACCAGUCAAGGCCUUCUUCUAGUCAGACACCUUCCAACAGUGCUGCAGCAACGAUUGGCUCGUACGAGCAGCCAUGUGAUAACAAAUACCAACUGAUAAAUUAUCAAGGAUCACAUGAUUCCGAUGCCAGUUGGGGGUCAGAUGAAUUUUAUUCUUCAUCAUUUACUGAUGAGUCUGAAGAGGAAGAUUAUGCCACAAAGCCUUUGCCACCUCCUCCAAAGAAACUCAGUACAGACCUCGCACAGGCUCCUCGUCUAAUUGGGAAAAUACGAAAUUUGACCUUGAAAGAACAAAGUGAUAGUGAUGAAGAAAGUCCCUGCUUCCCGGUGACCCUAAGGCCAGAUAAAUUUAGGCCCCCACAUCUUCCACCUGCACCAACUGAUCUCACCUGUAAUCAAAUUCUUUUCUCUGUCUCUCUCCUCUCUUUUAGAUUCUUUUCUCUGUCUCUCUCCUCUCUUUUAGAUUCUUUUCUCUGUCUCUCUCCUCUCUUUUAUAUUCUUUUCUCUCUCUCUCUCCUCUCUUUUAUAUUCUUUUCUCUCUCUCUCCUCUCUUUUAUAUUCUUUUCUCUCUCUCUCUCCUCUCUUUUAGAUUCUUUUCUCUCUCUCCUCUCUUUUAGAUUCUUUUCUCUCUCUCUCUCCUCUCUUUUAUAUUCUUUUCUCUCCUCUCUUUUAUAUUCUUUACUCUCUUUCUCCCCUCUUUUGUAUUCUUUUCUCUAUCUCUCUCCUCUCUUUUAUAUUCUUUUCUCUAUCUCUCUCCUCUCUUUUAUAUUCUUUUCUCUAUCUCUCUCCUCUCUUUUAUAUUCUUUACUCUAUCUCUCUCCCCUCUUUUAUAUUCUUUUCUCUCUCUCCGCUCCCUUAUAUUCUUUCCUCUCUCCUCUCCCUUAUAUUCUUUCCUCUCUCCUCUCCCUUAUACUCUUUUUCUCUCUCCUCUCCCUUAUACUCUUUUUCUCUCUCCUCUCCCUUAUACUCUUUUUCUCUCUCCUCUCCCUUAUACUCUUUUUCUCUCUCCUCUCCCUUAUACUCUUUUUUUCUCUCUCCUCCUCUCCUUAUACUCUUUUUCUCUCCUCUCCCUUAUACUCUUUUUUCUCUCCUCUCCCUUAUACUCUUUUUCUCUCUCCUCUCCCUUAUACUCUUUUUCUCUCUCUUCUCCUUUAUACUCUUUUUCUCUCUCCUCUCCCUUAUACUCUCUUCUUUCUCUCCUCUUCCUUAUAUUCUUUUCUCUAUCCAUCACUUUCUUUUCUCUUCCUUUUUUAUUUUGUAUUUUCUCUCUUCACCAAAUUUCAUUUCUCUCUCUUUCUCAUAUCUCUUUUUCCUUCUCUCGCUUUCUUCUUUCUCUCUCCUUCUCUCGCUUUCUCCUCUCUUUCUCGCUGUCUCCUCUCUCUUUCCUUCUCUCGCUGUCUCCUCUGUCUUUCCUUCUCUCGCUGUCUCCUCUCUCUUUCCUUCUCUCGCUGUCUCCUCUGUCUUUCCUUCUCUCGCUGUCUCCUCUGUCUUUCCUUCUCUCGCUGUCUCCUCUCUCUUUCCUUCUCUCGCUGUCUCCUCUGUCUUUCUUCUCUUGCUUUGUCCUCUCUCUCUUCCUUCUCCCGACUUCUUCUCUCUCUUCCUUCUACCGACUUCUUCUCUCUCUUCCUUCUACGACUUCUCCUCUCUCUCUCUCUCCUUCUCUCACCUUCUCCCCUCUCUCGCUCUCCUUCUCUUGCCUUCUCCUCUAACUCACCUUCUUCUUUCACUUUCUCCCCUCUAUCUUUUUGCUUUCUCCACUCUCCUCUCACUUUCUCCCCUCUAUCCUUUUGCUUUCUCCACUCUCCUCUCACUUUCUCUCUCACUUUCUCCUCUCUCUCUCUAACUUUCACCUCUCACUCUCCUCCUCUCGCUUUCUCCUCUCUAUCUCCCCUCUCCUUUCGCUUUCUCCUCUCUCUCUCCUCCUUUCGCUUUCUCCUCUCUCUCUCCUCCUUUCGCUUUCUCCUCUCUCUCUCCUCCUUUCGCUUUCUCCUCUCUCUCUCCUCCUUUCGCUUUCUCCUCUCUCUCUCUCUCCUCCUUUCGCUUUCUCCUCUCUCUCUCUCUCCUCCUUUCACCUUCUCACUCUCUCUCUUCUCCUUUCACCUUCUCACUCUCUCUCUCUCUUCUCCUUUUGCUUUCUCCUCUCUCUCUCUUCUCCUUUUGCUUUCUCCUCUUUCUCUCUCUCUUCUCCUUUUGCUUUUUCUCUCCCUCUUCUCCUUUUGCUUUUUCUCUCUCUCUUCUCCUUUUGCUUUUUCUCUCUCUCUUCUCCUUUUGCUUUCUCCUCUUUCUCUCUCUCUUCUCCUUUCGCUUUCUCCUCUCUCUCUCUUCUUUCACUUUCUCCUCUCUCCUUCUAUCCCCUUUACUUGCUUUCUCCUCUCUCCUAUCAUUUUCUCUUUUCUCCUUCUCUCACUUUCACAUCACUCUCCCCUUCCUCUCAUUUUCUCCUCUCUCUCUCACUUUUUCCUCUCUCACUCACACUUUCUCUUUUGUUUACUUUCUCCUCUUUUUCUCCUUCUCCUUCUUCUCCCACUGUCUUUUCUCUCCUUCACUCACUUUCACAUUUCUCUCUCUUUCUUGCUAUCACGUCUCUUUCUUGCUUUCUCUUUCGCUCACUCUCUUCUCUUGCUUUCUCCUCUCUCUUUCUCUCACUUUCUCCUCUCUCUCUUCUCCUCCUUCUCUCCCUUUCUUCUCUUUCCCUCUCUUGUCUAUCUCUAUCUCCUCACUCCCAUUGUCUUGCUUUCUUCUCUUGCUUUCUCAUCUCUCUCUUCUCUUUCACCUUUCUCUCUCUCACACUUUCUUUUUUAUCUCUUCUCUCUCUCUUUUCCCCUUCUUCUUUUAUCUCUCCUCUUUUUUCAUCAUUUUCUUUUCUUACCCCUCAUUUCUAAUGAUCCUUAUUGA